CAUGAACUCCGCCCAGCGCUGACAAGCCCCGCCCGUCAUGAGGCCGACACGCCCCGUUUGCGCCUCCGGCGCGUCAGCACUUCUUGAACUUUGACCGCUUCUGAGCGGCGGCGCCGGGAGAUAGUACGCAUGCGUCGUUUCUUUGCAUGGCUAGCGUCCUUAUCCUAGUAGCGGCGGGAGCUGCGGUGGCCGCGCUGCUGGCACUGCGGCUGUGGGUUGUGCUCCAUUCUCGGGUCCUGGGGCCCCGUCAGUCUUGCAGUCUCUUGGUGGUGGCUGGGUCCGGUGGGCACACCACUGAGAUCCUGAGGCUGCUUGAGAACCUGUCCAAUGCUUACUCUCCUAGACAUUAUAUCAUUGCCGAUACUGAUGAAAUGAGUGCCCAUAAAAUACAUUCUUUUGAACAAAAUCAAGCUGAUAGAGACCCCACUACCAUGCUUUCCGAAUACUACAUUCACCGCAUUCCCAGAAGCCGGGAGGUUCAGCAGUCCUGGCUCUCCACGGUGCUCACCACCCUGUACUCCAUGUGGCUGUCCUUUCCCCUGACUCACAAAGUGAAGCCAGAUUUGGUGUUGUGUAAUGGACCAGGAACAUGUGUUCCUAUCUGCAUAUCUGCCCUUCUCCUUGGGAUACUAGGAAUAAAGAAAGUGAUCAUUGUCUAUGUUGAAAGCAUCUGCCGAGUAGAACAUUUAUCCCUGUCCGGAAAGAUUCUGUUUCACCUCUCCGAUUACUUCAUUGUUCAAUGGCCGGCUCUUAAGGAAAAGUAUCCCAAGUCUGUGUACCUCGGGCGAAUUGUUUGACAAAUGACAGCUUACUUCUCUAGAAUUUUGCAGUCAACCAUAUUUAUUAUAACUGGAGUAGAAAAAACUACAUGUUUAUUGUAAAGGCUUCUGCAGGUCCUGAGAAUUAUUGGUGGUGAAGAGUAAAAAAUCUGUAAAUAAUCCAGUAAGGAGACUGAAGGUGCUCUUAUAAUACAAACAUUAAGGGGCGCAUGAGUGGCUCAGUUGGUUAAGCAUUAGAUUCAGGUCAUGAUCUCAGGGUCAUGAGAUCGAGCCCCAUGUCAGGUUCCCCACUCAGCAUGGAGUCAGCUUGAGAUUCUCUUUCUGCCCCUCCCCCCACACGUGUAUGUUCUCUUUCUCUCUCAAAUAAAUAAAAUCUUUUGAAAAAAUUAAAUUAAAAAUAAAACAAACAUUAAUAAACCAUUAGGUAUUUAUGCCUCUGUGCACCAAAUUUUUUUUAAUCACUACCUGCAAGUUAUCUUCUGACUUGUUUUAGUAAUAUUUUUCCUACAGCUAAAUAUAGUAUUAGUAUGAUUAGCAACAUUUCCUGUUCUGCAGCUUUUUUUUUGCUUUUUUUUUUCUUUUACAAUAUUCUGCAUUGUAAAAAGAAAAGAAAGAUAUUUCUUAGUUUUUGUUCAGAUACAGGAGGCUCUGUUUCCUGUAUGGAAGUAGUAAAGUCCCCAGUGAAUCCUUUGAGCAUAAAGGAAGCAGUCAUAUUACAUGGGCUUCAUGACAAGUUGCACUCCACAGGCUUCCAGAGCCAUGAGCAUAAACCAGGAUCUUUUUUUGUCUUCAGUUUUGCUUUGUGAGUCGUUGCUCUCAAUCCAGAAGAUAGUUUGAAAUCUCUUGUUGAAUCGUUAAAAUAAAUUAAAAGGUGACCACUGU